AGCACUUUUAGUACAGCGCGAGAUUUUCCAGCAAUCGGUCGAGUUUUCCGGAUAAUUUGCUCAGUAAUUGUGAAAAAGUACAGUUGCCACAUACUUAGUCCUGCGAAAAUUAAAAUGAUAUACAGAAUUAAAUUUAUAAGCGGAUAUUAAUUUAAACUAGUAAAAAAUUCGAAAAUAACGAAACAGAAUAUUGAGUUUUGUUGCAAAUACGUGUGAUUACGGUUUUGUGCAUUUAACGAAGAAAUUUAAAUAUUAUGUCCAUUUAGUUAAAUUCACAUUUUCAAAUUGAGUUCUUUCGCCUGAAAGAAAUUUGGCGUGCAUAACUAAAAAUAAUAAGUAUGCGAUUCCUAAGAAUGCGACCAGAACCGCCGAUCGACUUGUAGAAAAAUAGUACCAAAGAAUUUGGAAAGACGAAACAUAAAGUAAAAAAUUGUAAUAUUCACCAAAACAAUGACGAACACCAAGCAAGAGUUUAAUUUCAUACCCUUAGCUGUAGUAUUUAUUAUAGGCAUCCAAGCCAAUUACGCACAAACAACGUGUAAGAAUGGUUUAGGACGCGUCCUAUACGAACGACUGCCCAACCAACAACUGCAGGGCUACGACGAUGACGUGGUGCGUGACACAGCGCCUCCCUUUCGAGUUUUAGAGAAGUGUCAAGACUUGUGCCUGCGCGAUCGCACCGGUACCAACAACUUGGUGCGCACCUGCACCAGCUUCGAUUUUCAACCGGGCAGUCGCAUCACCUCUUUCGGCGGCACCUCCGAAUACGAAGAAUCCCUAUGCUAUCUAACAUCCGAGCAAGCGGGCCCUGAGGGCAUCGGCAGUCUGAUGCUAGUACCAAAUAGUGUGCAUUUCAAUGAGAUUUGCUUGACCUCAAAUCGCCCGGAAAGAGAAUGUCCCAGUAGGCGAUAUGUGUUCGAGCGGCAUCCACGCAAGAAACUGAAAUUACCCAUCUCGGAUGUCAAGGAGUUUACCGCAGCGAAUCGUUCGGAUUGUGAAGAUAAGUGUUUGAAUGAAUUCGCAUUCGUUUGUCGCUCCGCCAAUUUCGAUUCUACAAUGCGUUCCUGCACGUUAAGCAGAUUCACACGUCGCACACAUCCAGAAUUGCUGGAAGAUGACCCCAACUCCGAUUAUCUGGAAAACACCUGCUUGAAUGCUGAGCGACGUUGUGACGGUCUGGCUGUGUUCGUCAAGGAGGAGAACAAACGGCUAGGCGGUCCCUUCGAAGUGGAUAUUUUCAAUAACAUGACAUUAGAGGAAUGCCAGACUAUGUGUCUACGCGCCGAGAAAUACUUCUGUCGUUCCGUCGAGUUCGAUGAUCAAACGAAGCAGUGCAUUUUGUCUGAGGAGGAUUCUAUUUCACAGAAAGACGACAUCAGUAUCAGUUCCAGUCCAACACACCAUUUUUACGAUCUGGUCUGCUUAGAUAAUCAACGUGCCACUGAUUACCCCGACAAUUCGGUCACAUCGCAUUUAUUCUCGUCGGGUCGUCGGCCCGACACUGCGUUUCAGCGUUACCGUAAUUCACGUCUGGGAGGCGAAUUUCAUUCCGAAAUUACUGGCCGCUCCCUGAGUGAAUGCCUCGAUGAGUGUUUGCGCCAAACGAGCUUCCAGUGUCGAUCGGCGGUUUAUAGUGAUCGAUUUCGCACUUGCCGCUUGAGUCGUUACAAUCAAAAGGACGGCAUGCGUAUUAUUUACGACGCAGACUAUGAUUAUUAUGAGAAUCUAAUGUUGAACGUGGUUGGCGGUGGUGAUACGGAUGGACACGGAGGAACCAGCAAUGGUGGGGCUCACCGACCAAGUGAACAUGGGAACCCUAAUUGGCGACCACCCAGUAAAGACGAUGACCGUUAUGGUGCGGGGGGUGGUGUCAGUACUGGUAGUAGAUACCCUGGCGGCAGUGGUGGUGCCGCUGGAUCAGGAACACCUGGUGGAGGUAGUGCUGAUGACUACGGACGCCCUUACGAUCGCUAUCCAUUACCUAAUGAAUAUGAUCGUUAUCCUGGUGGUGGCGGCAGCGGUGGAGACCGUUAUGCUAAUGAUGGCCGUUACCCACCACCUGUUGACAGUCGCGGUCCUUAUGAAGAACGCUAUCCACCAGGACGCCUUCCUGUUGGAGAUCAAGAGCGGUAUCCGAGCGAUCGAGAUCGUGAACGGUAUCCAGGUGUAGGAUUAGAUUUAUAUCCAGGUGAUCGGGAACGUUAUCCCGGAGAACGUGAUCGUUACCCUAAUGAUCGUUAUCCAUUCAAUCGCGACCGUGACCGCGAUCGCGACCGUUUUCCUAUUGGGGAGCAUGAUCAUGAAAGAUAUCCUGGUGGGGAUCGAAAUCGUUAUACAAUUGGUGAGAGAGAUCGUUUUCCGAUCAGUGAUCGUGAACGGUAUCCAGGUAUCGAGGAUCGUUACCCACCAGGUCGUUAUGGUGAGCGUAACCGUGAACGAGAUCGUGAUCGUGAUCGUUACCCAAUUGGUGGCUAUCCACCUCGCGAUCGUUAUUCUCACCGCCCUCUCGAUCGUUAUCCAAUACCGCCAAUCAACGAUAAUGACGUACCCAGUGAUCUGCCUCACACAAGACCUUAUCCUCCAGAUGAUGAUUUGCCAUAUCGUCCUUACGGUACUGCAGGCCGUUAUCCAGAAGAUCGUUAUGCUAGUAGAUAUCCUUCACGUUAUCCACCGGAAAGAGAUCAUACAUAUGGGUACACUGGACGUGAUGCUCCCGACAGUUUCUUCCUUGAUAAACGUUUCCGCCCCUCCUCUAUUGACUCACGCUACCCAUUACUGACCGAUGGACGUGGAGGUCAACCGCCACCACGAUUUGGUCCAGACGGCCGUUAUCCCCCAGAUGACCUAAUACAUACUGCUCGGAGACCAGAACCAGACUCUGCAAAACGUUAUCCCCCCGCACCUUUAAUACCACCCACAACUAUAAGUAAAUAUCCUUCCACACCAAACCGAUUUCCGGUAGGUACUGACCGCUACCCGAUCGAUAUAUAUAAAUACGGCAACCGAUACGGUAGUAGUAGUAGUAGCAGUGGCGUAAGGCCAGGUUAUGAACGUCCACCUCCGCCACCACAUUACUAUGAUGUAGAAUACGAAGAACGUUAUGGCGACCGUUAUGGUGGCUAUGAUCGUGAAUAUGAGGGGCCCAUUGGCAGACGGCCAUUAGGUGGUAACGGUGGCGGUGGCUAUCCUAAUUAUGAGAGUCCCUUCAAUCGUCCCUAUGGGCAUGGUGUAGGCGCUCCGCCCCCACUUGAUGACAAUCGACCUUUGCCACCACCAUUACAUCCCUAUGGUGGCGGUGGCUCUGGUGGUAUUGGACAAGUCGCUCCGGGUGCUGGUCCACCACGGCCCCCUGUGACGCGUUGCGAAGAGACUGACAAUUUCAAACAAAUCGCAGCAAGACACAAAAUGCGACGACACUAUGUACGGCGUUCACUGGUUGUGCCCUCUCUAAUUCAGUGCGAACGAGAAUGUAUUGAAUCGCGUGACUUUAUUUGCCGAAGUUUCAAUUACAGAGAUACGGCGGCCACGAACUACGAUGAACGCGAUUUGCCCAAUUGUGAGCUAAGUGAUCGGGAUUCACGCGAACUGGACGUACAUGAUCCAAGCAAUUUCGAUGCAGCUAAUUACGAUUACUACGAGCGUAGUUUGGGUCGCAGUGAUGGCGAGUGUAUGGAUGUGACUCAAACUUGCAACGAGGAGGGAAUGGAAUUCACCAUACGCACUCCGGAAGGAUUUCUUGGACGCAUAUAUACAUAUGGCUACUACGACCGAUGUUUCUUCCGCGGCAACGGCGGCACUGUAAAUGUGCUCCGCAUCAGCGGUCCUCAAGGCUAUCCCGACUGCGGCACGCAAAGAUACGGCGACACGCUGACUAACAUUGUUGUUGUACAAUUUUCCGACAAUGUACAAACCAGUCGCGACAAACGAUACAAUUUAACAUGUGUAUUCCGUGGGCCAGGCGAAGCAGUUGUCACUUCCGGCUAUAUUGGUGCAGGUCUUUCUAAUUCCGAUAGAUCCGGCAGUCCCAUACCCAUUGAAUAUUUGCCCGCGGAAAACACACUAAGUUCGAAGGUCCGCCUAAUGAUUCUCUACCAAGGGCGCCCAACAACCACCAUAGCGGUGGGUGAUCCACUAACUUUCCGUCUGGAGGCACAAGAUGGUUAUAACCAUGUAACUGACAUAUUUGCUACUAAUGUGGUGGCGCGUGAUCCAUACUCGGGCAGGAGUAUACAACUUAUUGAUAGAUUUGGCUGCCCUGUGGAUCCAUAUGUCUUCCCCGAGUUGGAUAAACUACGCGAUGGAGACACAUUGGAGGCGCGUUUCAAUGCAUUCAAAAUACCCGAGUCAAAUUUUCUUGUAUUUGAGGCUACAGUUCGCACUUGCCGUGACGGUUGCCAACCUGCUUAUUGUCCAGGCGCAGCUGGUCGGCAAGAACCUUCUUUCGGACGUCGCAGACGCUCAGUGAAUGAAACAGAUGUUGCAGAAGUCGAAAAUAAUACGGAACCUGUUUCUGAACGUUUGAUUGAUGAUCUCUCUGAUGUAAAUAGUACUAAAGUAAUGGGUACACUUGGAGACUUUAAUAAAACGAAUACAAGUGAUGACAAGUCUAAUCAGGAGCUAGAGGAGCCAGAGCAAGUGCGUGAAAUGAUUGAGGUAUUUGAGACUCGUGAGGAAAUCGAAAAAGACUCUUACCCGCGAAAACUGGUUGCCCCGAUUGAGACCGUGUGUAUGACACCCUCCGAGUACCAUGGUCUUAUAACAGCAAUUAUAUUACUUAUGAUUUUGUUGUUCAGCAUCACAUUGGUCUCCGGUUUAGCUUACAGACGCUAUUGGAGCACAAUGACGAAAAAUCGAAUCGCCGACCGGCACUCUCCGAUACAUUCCCUAGGGCAGUCUUCGAUACGUACGCACGAACGCUUCAGUGAGAUCGGUCAAAUGGCAGGUGGCAGCGGAAAUGCAAUGCCAAAUAGUACCGCGAACGCAUUCCGCGCCAAUAUGUCAAUCUUCGGGGGAAGUCUUCAUAAAACAUUCGCCACAGGGAAUUUGGCGCGAAUGUGUCAACUGCCAGUCAUUAAUCCGAUGCGUAAUAACGGUGGUACAAAUCACCAAUUUGAGGACCCUAGUGAACCAAUAUAUACUGACCCAUCAUUGUUCGAACGCUCUAGAUCUUUGCGCAGUCUGACCACAGAAGGAGAAGCUGAGAAUCGUCACGCAGUGUAGGGCCGACUAUUGCACAUCCAAAAUACAUAAACAUAUAUAAGGAAAAAUAAGUAAAGCACGAAGAGGAUAUUAAGAGACAUAGUAGAUGCAGCAGAUUAAGUACAUUACAAAAAUCAAAGAUAUUACGUAUAAAAUCCAAAAAUACGCGUGUAAUUGGAAGUUCAAUUUUAAGUAAACUAUGUAAAAUAAAAAUAUGCGUUUUGUUUAGAUAACAUCUGCAAUAAAAAUAAUAAAAAUGAGCAUAAA